AUGCAUUUCCCUCAGUCAUGCUCUAACAACCGCAGCACGGAGGGCCAACCCUUUACACAAAUGAUCACAGAUGAUGCCCGCAUUUACCAGGAGCCUCCGGAGAAGUCCAUGAUGUCUUCCUGCUUCUCAUCAGAAGAAAAUGGAGUCAUUGGACAAGACAAGGAGGAGAUUGCCAUCCUCAUGAUGCUUCUGAGUCCUACACCCCAUGCCAGCCUUCAGUGGAAAGCUGGGGCAGGAGGCUACCUGCAGAAUGGCCUAACAAUUAAGGAAGCCUGGAGUCACAGGACCUGGGCUUUUCAUAAACAAAUAACUAGAAAGGUCUCUAAGGAGGGGAGAGGCCAGUUCCUCAUUUCAGCUCCUAUCAGUGUUGCUUGCACUCAGCUGGGCAUGGCCCAUUGUGACAGGUGUAGCACCUGCUGCUCCGAGCGCUCGCCUGGCAGCUCCCUCUGUGCUUCUGCAGACUCUGUGGAUCCUCAGACACUUGUUUAUGGGGAGAAUGAGGAGCUGGUCCCUCCACGAAGCAGCAAUGCACUGAACUUUAUCAGUGCUCGGAACAGACCUCUUCAUUCUUCUCCAGCAAAGUUGAUAUCAACCUCUAAAGCAGCAGCCAGAAAUCACCAAUCUAAAAACCUCACCUUAACUACAGAUUCCACAGUCUGCUAUUCCUCACUAAAUAUGCAACAACCUGCUUGCAAUUCUCUGGAAAAGGGCAAAGAAACCCCAGAAGAAGAACAGAACUUGGGUACAGAAACUGAACAACCCCAGUGUGGUCCAGAGAACAGCAACUUGGACGAUGUGCCCUGGAAGCUUCCUGCCCUUAGCUUCCUGGAGGAGCAGGCGUCAUCCUGCCCCGUGGUGCAGUGCCCAGGCCUUGUACCCUCUCCUCAGCACCCCGCGAGGAGCCUGUCUGAGAGGCACUGUGAGAGUCAGGGCCGGCUUCUCCAGUUUGACAGGCAAGCCCCAGGUCGAAUUUCCACCUCUCCCACUCUGAGGAGGUUAAGGGGCAGUGGCGCUGGGACAUGGAACUCACUGCCUCAGCAAGAAGGCUUGCAGGUGCCCACCUGGGGAAGCUGGGGAGAGCCUGUAGGCGCCACACGUUACCUUUCUAAGAGUCUGCCUGGACACCCUCCACACUCCCUGUCAUCCUGGAGGCUUCGCUCAAAACUUCCUUCAGACCCUGAAUGGACCCCAGAAAUAGCUGACUCAUUCAAGCCCCAGACCAGCCUCACCGACCAGUGCACCCUUCCUGAGCUUCAAUCCACUGACAAGCAGUCUCUUCGCCAGGCCUCUCUUCCAGGGCAAGAAGGCCACUCACCUCCCAGCCCCGUGCUGCGCUGCCCUGGUCCUCAGGGAGAAGAAUCCCAUCCAUCCAGGUUCUAUGAACACAGACGAAGUUCUGUGGUGCUGAACUUACCCGGACUCGAGGUGUUCCCUGGGGACCUUCUGGUGUCAGCUGGGGCUGCGGAUUACCUGUGCCACCCACUUCUGCUGCUGAAUUCAGAAUCCAAAAAGCCAAGAUGGCCUUUCUCCAAGAGAGGACACAGCAAAGACAAACACAAGCAAAUAUCCGAUCUGGAAAACUGUCUCUCCUCUGUGAAGAUUACCAACUUCAGGAACUACGAGUUCUGCGGCUUUAAGGAUAAGACCUGGAAUGAAGUCGUGGAAACACAUCAAAAACUUCCUACUGAUCAAUUAGACUUGAGAAAGCAGCAAGAGGCUGUGUGGGAACUUUUCACGAGUGAAUGCACUUAUUUCUUGGACCAUUUACUAGUCCUUAAGAUGAUCUUCAUGAAUACACUAAAAUAUCUGCAAACGCAUGAAUUUCUCCUGGAUGUGGAUUUAUGGAGACUUUUUGCAAACCUGGAGGAGUUAGCUCAGACAAGCCUUGGUUUUGUGAACAGUCUUUUCAGCCUCAUCAAAGACUACGUAGAUGCUUCUGAGACUUUGACUUCAAUGGAUUUUAUCUCCGUGCUCACAAAGUAUUUCCGCGGGAGCCUCUGUCAGAGCCACCAGACCUACUGCCUGAACUACUCAGCGACUGUCUUUUAUCUUGACAGCCUCAGGCAGAGAGAUGACUUUGGAAUUUAUUUAAAAUGGUGUGAGCAAAAUGAGCAAUGCCGACGUCUCCACCUGCCAGAGCUGCUGGUAGCCCCGCUGCACAGGCUCACACGAUAUCCGCUGUUGCUGAAGAAUAUCUGGAAAAGGAGCACAGACCCUGCUGAGAAAGUCCUGAUCUACUCCAUCAAGGAAAGGGUGGAUAAGUCAAUCCGGGACCUUGAAGGAAAAGUGAAGUGGCUGGACAAUUUCCAAAAAUUUAGACAUCUACAGGAGAUUAUAGUGUGGCCUCCACUUUGGGAUAGAGAUAAAAGGUUUUUCAUUCCAGAGGGUUUGAAACACAUUUUUAAAGAACACAUGGCAGAAAACAUCUUGUCACCAACCAACCGACACCUUCUCUAUGAAGGCAAAUUAACUCUUGCAGAAAGUACGAGAUUCCUAGACGUCUACCUGUUUCUCUUUGAUGAUUUCCUCUUAGUUACCAAAACUAAGCGCAACAAAAAGAAAGUUGGAGGCUCAGACGCUGGUUUACUGUGUCCUUCUCUUACUCCUGAGCUGCAAACCGUAAUAAAAGAGGGCGGUUCGUGUACAGUGCUCGAUCAGCCUAUUCCGCUUGAUAGAUUGGCGGUCAAAAGUAUCGAUCCACUCCACGUAUCAGUCUUUGGGCUGAGAAAUGCUUUUCUUAUACAACAUGAAAACAGAUACCGACAGUGUAUAGCAGCAUUCUUAUUGCAAGCCCAGACGGAAAACAUCAAAAAAACAUGGAUGGUACAAAUAACAACAGCGAUCUCUUGCUUCAUGAAGAGUCAGGAAACCAAGAAAAUCUCUUUAUUCACAUUGCCUGCAGAAUCCUCUGAAAUUUAGGACCUAAAAUAAGUGGCGUACCUUUUUAGAAAUCAGUGCUUAAGGUCUUACUUCAUUACAACUUUUGUAACCCUUAUCUAGAGAUAAGCUAGAAGGAAAUGUGCAUUUUAAAGGAGUUCCAGGAUUUGAGAAUUUGAGCUAGGAAAAUCCUUAGUAUGGAGGAAUAAUGACUGUAACAAAUUCGAACUCUGAGGAAUUUCUUGACAGAUUUAUACUGAUAUUCAGACUACCUUCUAAUGCUUCAUUCAGUCAGCUUUGUAACAGGUUCAAGGGGAGAAUGGUGCUAUUAUAAUUUGUAAAGGGUGAAUAAUCAGAUACAUGGAACAGAAGGAAAACAUCCAUGGCUGUGUCUAAUAUCAACACUAGCACCUUACCGUGUGUCUAUAAAACACUGAAGCCAGUUUUCCUACAUGACUCGUAAACCAGUCUGACCGCUUUCCAGUCCUACCUCAAACACAAAGACAAUUCUUUUGAUACAAAGUUUGAUUACUCUUUUAAUAUGUUAUGCAAUAAAUAAGGUCUCCAUUUUAGUAGCAGCUUUAAAAUUCCUGUUCUCCAACAGUUCACUUAUCUCAGGUAUACUUUACAACACUCUAAGCUGGAAGUAGAAAAUUGCGAAGACUAAAUUCCAUUAUUUUAUUUCAAGACAGAAAAAGUAUCUGUUCUGUUUUCACCAGUUCCCUCCUUCACAUGGGCAAUUUUCAUAAAUAGUAAGGUAUCUUUCUCUUAACUUUGUUUUUUAUAGAAGGAUGGUGUUUGUCAUAAAAAUACUUUCUGGUUUUUUUUUUGUUUUUUUUUUUGU